AUGACGGUUGGAGUCUUCUCAGAAUGGCACAAGUUUCCCAUAAGCUUGAGUGAGCUAUGUAUUAACACAACCUUGCGCUGUGGCCAGUCAUUUCGAUGGCACAAUGUCCCUGAAAGUGACGAAUGGCGAUGUGUACUUCAUGGCCGACUUCUCUCCUUAAAGCAAGACCCGCAAUACCUCUAUUAUAGAACACAUCGCUCGCCUAUCUCUUCAUCAACAAAAGACCCCCUAAUAAAACUCUCAUCCUCUUCUCCACUACGCGUGGAGUCGAAUCGACAAGUAACGCAGAACGGAUCAUCCGAUGACUCCCAUGACGACGAGACCCUAAAGCUUCUCAAGCAUUACCUCAAUCUCUCCUCGAACCUCACAGGCCUCUAUACCCAGUGGUCCUCGCAAGACCCGAACUUCAAGAAAAAGGCACCCCAGUUCACAGGGAUCAGGAUUCUGCGCCAAGAUGCUUGGGAAGCGCUUGUAUCCUUCAUCUGCAGCAGUAAUAACAACAUCGCGCGCAUAUCGCAAAUGGUCGAGAAGUUAUGCGUCAACUAUGGUCCCCUGGUGGCCACCGUCGGCGACCGCACAUACCAUGACUUCCCUGCUCCUGAGGCUUUGACCGCUGACGACGUUGAGAGUCGCCUGCGAAGCUUAGGAUUUGGUUACCGGGCCAAAUAUAUCCACCAGACAGCUUUGAUUGUAGUGAAAGAGAGAGAGCAAGGCUGGCUUGACUCGCUACGAAAUCCCGAGUCUCCUGUUCUCGGAGUCGAGCCUGUGUCCGGCGGUGAAAUGAGACCGGAGGGUAGAGAGGGGUACCGUUACGCGCAUGAACAGCUGCUCGGGCUACAGGGCGUUGGGCCCAAGGUUGCGGAUUGUGUCUGUCUGAUGGGGUUGGGAUGGGGAGAGGCGGUACCGGUAGAUACCCACGUGUGGCAGAUUGCGCAAAGAGACUACAAAUUCGGCAGAGGCGCUCACAAGUCGCUAACGAAAGCAACCUACGACGCCGUCGGCAACCACUUUCGGAAACUCUGGGGCAAGGAGGCCGGAUGGGCUCAUAGUGUUCUAUUUACGGCAGACUUGAGGACAUUCUCAGACAGAUUAGCUGCUACGCCUGGCAAGAUAGAUGUCAAGGUUGCUGUGAAGGAAGAGGACGAGGAUAAUGAGUCUGUCAGGAUCAAGACAGAAGUCACGACCUCGACGGCUUAUGCCUUGAAAAGACCUGCGAGCGAGGACGAGUUAGAAUCAAAGGAUAUGAAAGAGGAGAGUAAAGAAAAUGUGAAGGCCGUCAUUCAAGCCUCACGGACCACAACGACGAGGAGGAUGUCAAAGCGGCUUCGGAACCGCUGA